GAUGGCGGCUUCGGGCCUGGAACAUGGCGCCCACGCCAUGGAGGCCCGGCGGCGGGGCUGCGAGCAUUAUGACCGAGGAUGUCUCCUGAAGGCACCUUGCUGUGAAAAGCUUUAUACUUGCCGGUUGUGUCAUGAUAACCAAGAAGAUCAUCAGCUAGAUCGUUUUAAAGUGAAGGAAGUACAGUGCAUAAACUGUGAAAAAGUUCAGCAUGCCCAACAGACUUGUGAAGAAUGCAGCACAUUAUUUGGAGAAUAUUAUUGCGGUAUAUGCCAUCUAUUUGACAAAGACAAGAAGCAGUAUCAUUGUGAAAAAUGUGGAAUUUGUAGGAUUGGUCCAAAGGAAGAAUUUUUCCAUUGUUUGAAAUGUAACCUAUGCCUUGCUAUAAAUCUUCAAGGGAAACACAAGUGUAUUGAAAAUGUCUCUCGUCAGAAUUGUCCAAUAUGUUUGGAGGACAUUCAUACAUCCCGUGUUGUUGCACAUGUCUUACCAUGUGGACAUCUUUUACAUAGAACAUGUUAUGAAGAAAUGUUGAAAGAAGGCUACAGAUGCCCAUUAUGUAUGCAUUCUGCUUUAGACAUGUCUAGGUACUGGAGACAGCUAGAUGAUGAGGUAGCACAGACUCCUAUGCCUUCAGAAUAUCAGAAUAUGACUGUGGAUAUUCUCUGCAAUGAUUGCAGUGGAAGAUCUACAGUUCAGUUUCACAUAUUAGGCAUGAAAUGUAGUAUUUGUGAAUCCUACAAUACUGCUCAAACUGGCGGCUGUAGAAUUUCACUAAACCAGCAAUGACCAGUCUAUAUAUAUAUAUACUGCACUGAAAAGUUCAACAUUUUUACUGUCUUUAGUAUCCUGUUCUCAUAAUGUGUCAGAAUAUAUGCAUUAGAAUUAAUGUGUUUUUGUAAUGGUAUUUCUGCAUAAAUCAUAUUGGUGCUUUAUCAGAUGAUCAUAGCUCUCUAUUGAAUG